UAUGCAGGGGAAACAACAUACCCAAAAUCAUAGCAAGCAAACCAAUCCCUGAGCCCCUCAACGGGCCUCGAUUCCACCCAACAUCAAUCAAACAGGCUGAAGCCCCGCCCUUUUACCUCACCAAUUCUCUCCUCCCCUCCCAGCAAGAUCACCCGUCCUCACCGCCGUCCCCAGCCUCCCCCCUCCGGCAAGAGCCGAGCGACCACCUGAUAAAUCCUCCCGCCCCCGUUGAGAACCCAGUAACCGCUCUCCUCAUCAUCCCCUUCCCCCCUCCGCCCACCUCAGCAAGAAACCAAGAGCUUGCCGCCAUCCUCCCCUCCCUGCCCCCCACCCAUCCGCGCGAGAUGGACGACGUGCAGCAGAAGGAGGCGCUGCUCCUCGCGGUGGGGGUCCUGACGGGAGGCGCCGCGGAUUUCGCCAUCGCGAUGCCCAAGGAAGCCCUGCGCGCCGCAGCCAGGCACCUGGCCCAGCUUGCUCUGGACGUAGCAGCUUAUGCAGAUGCCUCUGACUUCGACACCUCCGACCUGCGCGCCGCCGCCAAGGCGCUGUUGCAGGCAGAUGCGGGCAGCAGGUCAGAGGCCAUCAGCGACCUGGUACGAGCGUGCCUCUGGUUGGACGGGCUAGUGGCCACGCGAGAUGCGGCUGCCGCGGACGACCUCCGGCGAGGCGUCCUGGACGUGGCGCUGGCCGGGGGGACCCUGCUCCGUCUCCGCGUCCUCCCCGCGCGCGGGUUGGACUUCUUGCUCGCCGCCGCCGAGGGCGGCGCGGGGGGCGAGGCCCCCGAGGCUGAUGCGGACGCCCGCGCAGCGCAGGCGGAGCUCGCGAGGGAGAGGGAGGCGGAGCUCCGGAGGAAGAGGGAGGCCGAGCUCAAGAGGGAGGCUCAUGAGCCCACCACGGCGGCGACGACAUGGUGGCGGCGGCUCGCGUGUCGGUUCUCCAGCGCGAGGGUGGCCAGUGAGGCCGCGAGGGCGACGGGAUCCUGGUGGCGGCUCGCCAGUUGGUUCCUCAAGGAGACGAGCGGCGUCAACGAGGAUGACCCCGAAGCUCCGCUGAUAGCACGCAGCCAGCCUGACCCCAGCCCCGGCCCCAGCCCCAACUCCUCCCCCUCGUUUUUGCAGUGAUAUAACCUUCAGAAGUCAUGAGAGGGACAAGUGGACAACAAGUGUUGCUGCAGGCGUGGUUGAUUUAUGGACAGUCGUUUUUGACUGCUCUUGCUUUGCAGCUAGGAGCAUGCCCAUGAAUUCAGAGUACAGAGAGGUGGAGCCAUUGUUGAAAAUCUGGAGCACAAGAUGGGAGCAUCUCUGAAGGUGUUCAUGUGACAGAGUCUCUCCAGGUGGCUUGUGGUUGAUGGCAAAAUGCAGCACUGCAUCACGAAUCCUUGAGCACACUGCAGUGCUGAUAAAUUCUUUGGUAGCAAUCCUGACGGCAGCAACUGAAUGUGUGCUAUCCUGACGCAGCGCUGGAAGCAGUUCC